GAUAACUCUAUCAGGAGUGCAGUCACGGAAGGGUUGCAGAGCCAGACAGAAGAAGCAAAGCGAUACAGUUUUUUCAAUGGCAAUAGCUUCAAUUUCUUCUGCUCUAUCGCCUUCUUCUUUUCUAAUCUCCAACAGUUGCUCCACAUUCUCCUCCAAAACCAGCAUCUCUUCUUUCUCUUUUUCUCUGUCUUUUCCUUCUGUUAAUGGCUUGAAGCACAGUAAGGCUCUACAACCCUCACAGUCACUAACAAGGGUUUUUGCUGCCCCUGAAGCCUUAGACACCCAGGAAGCCCAAGACCCACCUCCAGAAUCUGAUAAUUAUGAGGUUGGUGGUUCUGAGACACUCAGUGCUUCAUCUUUCAGUAUUGGCACCGAUGCGGACAAGAUGGCACCGAAGCAGAAAAUUAGGAUCAAACUCAGAUCGUAUUGGGUACCCUUGAUCGAGGACUCUUGCAAGCAAAUAAUGGAUGCUGCAAAAAAUACCAAUGCAAAGACUAUGGGUCCUGUGCCGCUGCCAACCAAGAAAAGAAUCUAUUGUGUUCUAAAAUCCCCACAUGUGCACAAGGAUGCUAGGUUCCAUUUUGAGAUCAGGACCCACCAGCGCCUCAUUGAUAUUCUAUACCCAACUGCUCAAACCAUCGAUUCUUUGAUGCAACUUGACCUUCCAGCUGGGGUUGAUGUGGAAGUAAAACUUUAAAGAAGCAUUAUUAAAUCUCAGAAUUGGGAAUAUGGUAUCCCCCUCAUCAGCUGCUGGACUAAUACACAAAAAUAGCCGUCUUGGAUUCACGGUGGAGAUCAAACCUAGGCUGGACGCCAACACGAUCUUUAGAUACUGCUAGAUGUUCAUUGUUUUUGUUACAAUGUCUCGUAAACAGUAUACUGUAGAUUGGUCUGGAUCCUGCAAAUGAAUAUUUGGCUAGAAAUGUUUAUCAGCAAGCUUUACCCUCUAGUGGAACACAAACUUGUCCAGUUCAAGUAUUCAACAGUAUGAAAGUAUCUAUGCUAACAAAAAUCUUGGGACACAUUUGUGAUAUUAUUGAUUUGAUGAUAUGAUAACAUUGGUGAAUGAA